AUGGGCCCUGCAAGUGGCCUGUCGCGGCGCCUGCGGGUGGCGCUGCGGCAGGAGGAGCCGCGAGCCGUGGAGGAGCUGCUGCGCCGAGGCGCUGACCCCAACCUGGUGCUAGACGAUGGCGCGGCAGCCGUGCACUUGGCUGCCAGAGCCAGGCGCCCGCGCAGUCUUCGUUGUCUGGAGACCCUACUGCGCCAAGGCGGGGACCCCAACGCCCGAUCCGCGGACGGGCUGACACCGCUGCAUGUGGCUGCUGCCUGGGGCUGUCGCCGCAGCCUGGAGCUGCUGCUGAGACUGAGAGCAGACCCUGAACUGCGCGAUCAGGAUGGGCUACGCCCGCUGGACCUGGCAGAACAGCAAGGACACCAGGAUUGUGUGCGCGUCCUGCGGGAGCUGGAGGGGCUGACCUGGACUGAAGCCGAGAUCCAGGAACCCCAGCAGGGGCCUGAACCCAGACCAUGGCACGAGGGAUUGGAAGACAGCCCCUCUGGUCCUCCUCAUGUGACCCUGGAAUCCACAGCAUUGGGCAGAGGUGACAGUAGGGACAUGGGCCUAGAGGCUGCCCGUGAACCCCAAUGUCUCCUUGCCCACCCUGAAGUUGCUGAUGAGGAUGGGCGAUUGCUGUCUCCAGGGUGCUGGGACUAUAGCUCAGAUGCCUCUUUUGUCACUGCAGUUGAGGCCUCAGGAACUGAGCACCUGGCCCCAUGCAUCUUCCCUUGGGCUAGGUCAUUGCCUCAGACCAGGCAGGGGCUCCUGAGUGAGCCCGGGUCUCUGGGUACCCAGCAGCUGUCACAUGGAGCCAUCAUGGGGGGCAGAGAAGCAGAACUCAAUGCAUGUCUUCAGCCCCUGACUCUGACCUCUCCAGAUGCCUCCCCCUCUUCCACAACCCUCCGAGAACAGAGUCCAGUCCCUACCCCACCUAGGGAACUACUACCUGAGCCCUGCAACCCCCACUCCCUGGAGGAGGACCAGCCAUCCCUCAGCAAGGACCAGCCAUCCCUCAACAGUGCUGUGGCUGCGCUCUGGCUGACGGAAGAUGAGGCAAGCUCCCCAGGUGGCAAGGACCCCUCCCCCUCUAGGUGCUGCCUUCCGGUUCCCACCAUGUCUGACCUGGAGCUGCUGCAGCGCCUCCGAGCGUUUGGGCAGAACCCUGGGCCUGUCACUCCGUUCACCCGCCGAUACUACCUGCAGCGACUGGAAGAGCUCCAGGUUGCUCCUGGUCUAAACUUCUCAGGGCACAGCCCAGAGCUGGCUGAGGCCUUACGAACAGGCCAGAUCCCAAAUGCCCAAGCAGAUGAGGAUGUGCUUGCCCAGCAGUUUGAGCAACCAGAUCCCACCAGGAGGUGGCGGGAGGGGGUUGUGAAAUCCAGCUUCACUUAUCUGCUGCUGGACCCCAGGAAGACUCGAGACCUGCCAGGCCGGGCCUCUUCGUUGACCCCCCUGGAGCGCCUUCAAACUUUUGUCCGUGCCAUCUUCUAUGUGGGCAAAGGGACACGAGCCCGCCCCAAUGUCCACCUCUGGGAGGCCCUUAGUCACCGUGGGCAGCCAGGAAAGCAGCCUUCACAGGCAUGCCCAAAGGUACGCCAGAUCUUGGACAUUUGGGCCAGCGGCCAUGGUGUUGUCUCCCUGCAUUGCUUCCAGCACGUGGUGGCUGCAGAGGCUUAUACUCGAGAGGCGUGUCUUGUGGAUGCUCUAGGGAUCCAGAUGCUGACCAACCAGAAACAGGGACACUGCUAUGGAGUGGUAGCAGGCUGGUCACGGGCUCGGCGUCGCCGCUUGGGGGUACAUCUGCUGCAUCGUGCUCUCCUUGUCUUCCUGGCUGAGGGUGAACGAGAACUGAGACCCCAGGACAUCCAGGCCCGUGGCUGAGCACUGGGGAGUUGGCCAUCUAGAUGAGAGUUGUUUAUGGCAUGUGCCCCAUGAAAAAAGAGCAACUCCUUAUCUCCAGCUCCAGACGGCUGGGGAUGAGGGACAUAUGCAGCAGAGCAACUGCCUGUUGGUCUGAGGGGACUUUGUUACAGAUAGAGCUGCUGGAGAGGCAGUGAACUCCCUAUCAUGGGGGAACAGGUGAGGACCACAAGC